CGUACACAACACAGGACAGAAGUCAUUCACAAAACAAACUGAGCUUACAGAAAAACUAAGUUAACGUGAUCGGUUGCAUUUGUUCAGUGUUGCUCUGUGUCUUCUGUUGACAGGAUGUUCAGGUCCCUGCUGCUGCUCCUGGCAGUGUCAGGCCUCCAAGCCGCCCCAAUCGCACUCGCUCGAGGACUGCAGAAGACAUCUUCAACCUACCAGCUCCACGAUGGCUUUCAAAAGGGCACUGAACAUGACAAUGACAUCCGUCCACCCAUUCCAGACAGCUACAGACGCGGUACUGAGCUCUCCAGAAGGUUCCUGGUUGACCUCAACAUUGGCCUGGUGCAAGACAACAUCGCUGUCAUCCGCCCCUCUCUUGGGAAUGGGUUUGGAGAGAUGGACAGAAGACAGAGGCUGACAGAUGAAAUCCCUGUUGAUGUUCCAGCCCAGAAGAACGGUGGUGGUUGGGUCCGGGGGGAGGCACCUGCUGCAAAUCAUGUCCCAGAUGGUUUCAGGCAGGGAACUGAACCUGUUCAUAAAAUCCAAGCAGGUUUCAGGCAGGGAACCGAACCCUUCAUGUCUAUCCCAGAUGGUUUCAGGCAGGGAACUGAACCCUUCAUAACUAUCCCAGAUGGUUUCAGACAGGGAACCAAACCCUUCAUGUCUAUCCCAGAUGGUUUCAGGCAGGGAACCGAACCCUUCAUGUCUAUCCCAGAUGGUUUCAGACAGGGAACCGAACCCUUCAUGUCUAUACCAGAUGGUUUAAGGCAGGGAGCCAAACCCUUCAUGUCUAUCCCAGAUGGUUUCAGGCAGGGAACCAAACCCUUCAUGUCUAUCCCGGAUGGUUUCAGGCAGGGAACCGAACCCUUUAUGUCUAUCCCAGAUGGUUUCAGGCAGGGAACCGAACCCUUUAUGUCUAUCCCAGAUGGUUUCAGGCAGGGAACCGAACCCUUCAUGUCUAUCCCAGAUGGUUUCAGACAGGGAACCGAACCCUUCAUGUCUAUCCCAGAUGGUUUAAGGCAGGGAGCCAAACCCUUCAUGUCUAUCCCAGAUGGUUUCAGGCAGGGAACCGAACCCUUCAUGUCUAUCCCAGAUGGUUUCAGGCAGGGAACCGAACCCUUCAUGUCUAUCCCAGAUGGUUUCAAGCAGGGAACCGAACCAUUCAUGUCUAUCCCAGAUGGUUUCAGGCAGGGAACCGAACCCUUCAUGUCUAUCCCAAAUGGUUUCAGACAGGGAACCGAACCCUUCAUGUCUAUCCCAGAUGGUUUAAGGCAGGGAGCCAAACCCUUCAUGUCUAUCCCAGAUGGUUUCAAGCAGGGAACCGAACCCUUCAUGUCUAUCCCAGAUGGUUUCAGGCAGGGAACCGAACCCUUCAUGUCUAUCCCAGAUGGUUUCAAGCAGGGAACCGAACCAUUCAUGUCUAUCCCAGAUGGUUUCAGGCAGGGAACCGAACCCUUCAUGUCUAUCCCAAAUGGUUUCAGACAGGGAACCGAACCCUUCAUGUCUAUCCCAGAUGGUUUAAGGCAGGGAGCCAAACCCUUCAUGUCUAUCCCAGAUGGUUUCAAGCAGGGAACCGAACCCUUCAUGUCUAUCCCAGAUGGUUUCAGGCAGGGAACCGAACCCUUCAUGUCUAUCCCAGAUGGUUUCAAGCAGGGAACCGAACCAUUCAUUUCUAUCCCAGAUGGUUUCAGGCAGGGAACUGAACCCUCGGUCUCUAGAAUCCAAACACAGACAGUGGCAUGUAAGGGAGAUGUCAUCAAUGGAAACUGCUAUGAGUUCCACCCCACACCAACAACCUUCCAGGACGCACAGGUCAUCUGCAGAGCUCUUGCCCCAAAUGCUGAGCUUGCCUCUGUACCCAGCAGUGAUCUGCAUUCUCGCCUGGUUUCCCUGGUGACCAAGGGUGGUGAGAAAAACCCUGUGUUGACCUGGCUGGGAGGCACCGUCAAGAACCAAAAGGCAUCAUGGGUAGAUGGGUCAGAGUGGGGUUACAGUGACUGGAAGCCGGGUCACCCCAACAUUCAGACUGACAAACCUGUGUGUUUGGAGAUGUUCCAGAUAGAUGAGAGCUGGUGGACAGCCGCUGACUGUGACCUGAGGAGAGCGUCCAUCUGCUCGUACCCACUCACUGCUUGAAGACCACAAAGAAACAGUGUGUGAAUGUCUGGAUCUUUCUUGCAGAAAACAUUGUUUAAUGUUUUUCUCCUUGAAUAAACUUUAAGAUUUGUUC